GACAAAAAGUCGGCCCACAGAAAUUAUAGACCUGCGAAAAGCAACGCGCUCGCUGCAAAUUCAUCAGCUGUCUCGUUCCCAAGUCGUGCGCCGCCGCCGCAGGUUACUCCAAAUAGGCCGCUUUCAAAUCCAUGGGUUCAAACGAUGAAGCAGCGCCUGUUGUCAGGAUCAACGCUUUCCCGGGAAUGGGCAAACUGACCAUUGCUAGGGAGGUCGUUCAGCUCUACCAAGACCGUCACCGUCAGGCUAUCCUUAUCGAUAAUCAUCAGCUUAUCGAUCCCGUCGAGGCCAGAAUUCCGCGACACCAUGCAGACUAUCAAGAGCAGCGGCGUCUCCAACGUGCUAUUACUUUCUCCAAAUAUUUGUAUCCUCCAGAAAUACGCGCGACAACAAUAAUUUUUACAGAUUUUCGAUCACGCAAUGCUCUUGGCUGUAGCGUGGCAGCUGAGUAUAAAAAUGCGGCGGCGAAAAGCGCAAGACCUUUCCUUUCCGUCUACCUGGCUUGCGAUCUUGAAGAGCACCUACAAAGGGUGGCGACUGUUGAGAGACGAAACGACGGUACCGGGAAGCUAGUGGAUGGUGAAAUACUCAGGUCCAUGCGGUCGAGAUGCGAGCUGUAUACCUUCGGAGCAGAAAAUGGCCUGUGGCUUGAUGUUACUCAUGUAUCGCCUCGACAAGCCGCCGCAAGCAUACAUGCGUACAUUAAGGCCAAGGCGUACAAGUCGGAGUAAACAGGAAAUGUCUUAAGAGAAUAAAUGAGCCUAUGAAACCUAUCAGGAUCAGGAUCCGAAUUCGUCCAGGU